AUGUCAUCAAUAAAAACGCCACCCUCUACCACUACACAUCCCACCCCGAACGAGCCCCGCUCGAUGCUACAAGACGUGAUCGCCUCCAUCUUCGAGCCGGGCACCAACUCAGGCCUCGUGCAGGCCAUGUCGUAUUCGUUCUACGCGCUCUUCGUCACCCUCUUUGGGAUGGUCGUUCUGACGGGAGGGAGUAUCCAUGUUGUUGCUUUGUUGGUGCUCAGUUUGGGGCUGUACGCUAGUAUUCGAUGGUCAGUUGGCCGAUGA